AUGUCCUUGAGCAACAUAGCCCACAUCAGCAUUUCCGCUCCCAAGGAGCAAUUCGACUCCGUCGUGGGCUGGUACAAGGCCGCCCUCGCCCCCUUCAAAUACCGCGAGUUGAGACGCAUCCCCAAAGCCGUCGGGCUCGGCUCUGAAGUGCCUGAUCUAUGGGUGGUACAGGAUGAUGUUCCGACGGAGCAGCGGUUGCAUUUUGCCUUCAUGGCUCCGGAUCAUGCGACGGUGGACGCUUUCUAUCAAGCGGCGAUAGCGGCGGGAGGAAUAGAUAAUGGAGCACCGGAGAUACAUGCCGAGUACGAUGAGAAUUCUUAUGCAGCUUUUGUGUUGGAUCCGUUGGGGAAUAAUGUUGAGGCUAGAUGA